GCAGAGGCGAACUAGCGAGCGUUGCUAUCGGUUAAGGUCGGAUCGAAACUGCUUUUCCCCCUUCUUUCUCUGUUUCUUGAUUCGUGUCUGGAUUAAACUCUACUUCAAGAAGAUUUUAAAAGGAUGCUUAUUUGAAGAAGAAGCUAAUUUGUGUGUUUUAUUUAUAUCUAGCCAUUUUCUUCAUAAAUCUAUCGAUAAUCGGAAAUAGGCCUGUUCAAUUGUUCAAUAUUGAUGGCGAAUUCAGCUGGAAUUAUGGCGGAUGGUGUAAGGGCGGAUGGUUCCUGGGAACUUCAUGUUCAAGUUGAUGAUGUUCCUCUCAGGGAGCUUGGAUCUACUGACCCUUCUACAAGUGUCGACAAAAAGAUACGUGUUAGAGGAGACCAACAGAUCGGCAGCGUUAUGAGCAAGAUAACAGAAUCUGUAUCGGAUAUUUUUAGGGUCUGUACAAAAUACGCCGAGUACUAUAUUUACGAACAAACUAAACAAACAGCAAACGUGAUGCUGCACUCCCCCGACCUGAAUUCUUGCCUACUUGGGAUCACUAGGCCUAUUUCACAAAGCGGAAAUGAAGUUUGGUCUCUUAAUGAUUGGCAUCGUCUAAUUUGACAUGGCUUAACCGCUUUCUGUCAUCUUUUGAAAUUGCUGUACCAUAUUUCCACGGUUCGCUGUUACCAGCCAAAUAUGUAUGAAAUAAAAAUUCAGAAGUUUCCUGAAUUAUGCGAUUACCGCACAAUCGUAAUAGUUUGUACAUAUAAUUACGCACCACAGAUGUUAAAUUGCCAUUCCUCUAUUGUCCGUCGGCUAUCCCAGAGAAUCAAUAUUCAAAUCACGAACUACGAGAACGCAGUUGGAAAAACACUACGAUUUUUUCAUAUUUGAAGUAAUUGUUUAUAAAAGCUGAGGCCAGUGUCGUGGGGCCGAUAAACCUUUUAGGGCAUUUCCGGUAACGAAUCGACGUUGACCCGCCAGCAGCGUUCCGUUGAGUUGAUGCUUAAUGACAUCAAGCUCAUUCGUUGGAAAUAUUUAGCCUAUAAUAUACACAGUGUAAUGCAGGCCGCUUUAUCAAAUUAGCUGAGCUAUCAACAAUCCUUCAGCAAACCGGAUCGAUGACGUAAAUAAAUUAUUAUAGAAUACACUUAAAAGCAAUAUAUCAUUCGUCCGCUCCCUUGCGGACAUGGAACAAGAGACGCCACCAUGUUAAAAAGACACAAAAGGAACAAAAGUCUUUCUUUAUCUAUUUUAGAUUAUCAGAUAUGGAAAUAAAAAAAACGUGUCCCCUCCCCUCCUUCAGCCACUUAACUGCCAAAAAAAUUGGACAUAAAUACAACAACAAGCAAAGGCACGGUACUCGUCUUGACAGUUUUGACAAACUUCCGCCCCAAUGACUCGCUACGUUUUCCAAUAAAUGGAAAAUUGUAUCGUUUUGUAGGGAGUUUUGUUUGCAAAAAAGCGCUCAAUAUAUGCGGAGAGUAUUUUUCUGUCGGUUUUAGCAAAUACAAUAGGCUAACAUUCCGUUGUUCAAAAAAGAGAAAUCCACCCAUCAUCCCUAUUUCUCAGAGCCCAACGGGGUAGUAUAAAUAUAAUUUAGUUGAUCGGAUUCCAACUCUGAUGCUAAGUUAUGAAUGAAAGAUUAAUGGUGGCGCCCAAAUCGCCUUUGUGUCCUCUAUGAUUAUGUAAUCGAUUUCUCAUUGCGUGACGCGAGGAAUAUUAACAGAUUAGUUGAUUAGGUCACAGACUCCCUUUGUUUGUUCACGUAGAAUUAGCUGUCGCUCACCUUUGACACUCGUUCAGAAUUAUUAAGCGCAUUUAGACGCUCUGGCGUCCUCUCUUUGUCAUCUUCGGUUAAUGAGUACGGGCGUCAGUCAGACCACAUUAACAACAGAGAUUGUUAAAGGCGUCACGGAAAUGCUCGUGCGAAAUUUCAACGCCCAAUUCCUGAAUUUGCGCUAAUUCAUCGUAGCGGUCGAUAAAUAAUAGCAUCUCAGUUACAUCAUAAUUUCGUACCCAGAUGAUUGAACGUCUAUAACGCCUUGCCAGGCCAACAGCUAGUCAGUAUUAAUCUAAUUCCUCACUCAGUGCUUAAUGAGCCGUAGGAGACGCCUCAAGGGAGGGCGUCGAGAGAUACUUGCGACGCUACUUUCUAAUCAGCCUCCCCACAAAACGUUGCUUGAUCAAAUAUUACGUAAAGGCGAAGGUCAGGUGAUCUCUAAUGGGCAAAGUAAAAAUAUCAACUUUUGUGUAAGCAAAGACUGGAGGAUGAAAAAUGAAACCAUGUGAAUUACAUAACUACCAUUCAGUCUUUUUCUGCCAUAAAUAUUGAGGAAAAACGUCUACAUUCUUCUUUUGUACAUUGCAGUCCUUAGGGAAAAUCUUCUAUUGAUCAAGUUAUAAUACAAUGCCACUUUCUGCCGUUCUUGCUUGAUUUAGGACGAUCUAGGCGCUGCGUUUAGACGCCUAGGGACGUUAAGCUUUCAGCGGGUCAAGGCCAUUUUCUGCGAAUAUUUUAUUCAUGCUGUUUAUCACCUAUUUAUUAUAGAUACUAACUCGUUUUACCUGUUAUUCAUCAAUCGACAAAAUAAAAUUUUCCAACUAGUCACGAUAUCAUACAAUGUUCAGCUGCUUAAGUCAUUAUCCCAAUCGACCACCACUUUUUAGUUCUUUACAAUAAUAGCAUGAAUAUUAUUUCUCUCUCUUUGAAAUAGGCGCGGAAGAAAACAGAGUAUGUUUGUAUGAAUAAAUAUGGAUUAUACAUAGCCAUGUCGAAAAUAUUUGCCCAUUUAUUAGUUGGUGUGUAUUUACAAUGGAAAUGACUUUUUCGACGCCCUGUUUGUUCAACACGGACGGGUAAUAUUUCUUAGUCUUUGUUUUGUGUACCAGAAGACGAAUCGAUUCAUAAAUAUCGUAUUGCCUCUUUUGUUAUCUUUGGCAAACUUUCGAUCAUGUUUUUGUUGAUUUUGGCGUGGCUAACUUAUCAAUUAAUUCACAGAUUACGUAAUUUCACAGUGUUUCUCCAACAUUGGGCCUGAGAUCAGGAGGGUGUUGCUCAGCUGUUAGGGAAGGUAUUUUUUUAAGCCAAUGCAGCAGCAUUCCAAACAGUCUAGUGCUGUAUAGAGAGAGUUGAGUAUUUGACCUAAUUCUAAUAAUCUUCGAGGCAUCGUAUUGAUGUGUACGCAAAAAGAGAAUAAAUAAAAAAAAUAGAAAAAAAAACAAGAAAUUUCCGAUCGAUUCCUGUUUGACGCAUGUGUUGUAUACUUGUAUUUAAGUUUAUAUAGUGUGGAUUUAUUUGGACUGUAAGGAUAAUACUGAAAUGAAAGGCGUUGGAGCGGAACGCCCCGAAAAUUUUCGAUUGAUGUGAAUGCAGUUAGUUAGUCGUGGGAAUAUUUGUCGUAUUCGCAAUGCGGCCAUUUGGAAGAGCUAUAAAAGGAAAAGACAGCAGAAAAAACGCAAAAUGAAGGUUUGAUGAACGACGCAGAUGUCCUGCAGUCGUGCGGAACUCGCGUCUAGCGAUAAGUUGAUUGAGUAUGUGAUUUUCUAAGUGCUGUCCGCUGUCCAGCUCCGUCGAUUGAUAAGCAUUUAAUGAGAUUUUGCAGAGUAUAUACUUUGCAGUCGCACGGCGUCGACGCUAACGACUAGGCGAUGCGCUAUAGUGACGCUUAGAAGGAUCAAUUGAUUUGUUUACGGGCUUUACUCCUUUAGUGCCUUCAAUCGUAUCAAUGCUAUAUAACCGCAAAGACUUUUACAAUUGUUGUUCGGAAAAAUGGUAUCGUUUGUCGCUGCGACCUUUGAACUAGGCGGAAAAAAAUUCCACAGUGUAUUUUUUGUCUUCUCGGCACGUUCUGUUUGCUGAUCUAGUGUAUACGAUUGGAAUUUCGUGCUAUGAUACCUCACUAUAGGCCGACUAAAUAUAUAUUCUUGUAAUAAAUAAUGUAUACAGUAUAUAAGAAAACUAUCCAUAGAUAUAAAUCGUUGGAAUAUUUGCAUAUAAACUGGAUUUUUACUAGCUGAUUCGCAAUAUUUUACCAAUUUUUCUUAUACGACGUCUAAUCGCCAAUUAUCAUGUAAAUUAUUGCCGUCGAUUGCACUCAAAACUGCGGGUUGUUUACCAAUUAACCACUAAACAUGUCCUUACCCGUACUUUAACUUUAUCGUAUUCUGAAUCUUUUAUUUUGUUAUACAGAUAUAGUUCAAAAAGAUUGGUCUUGCUACCGGCUAUGGUGGCCAGAAAAAAAGUUAUGGCUGAAAAAAACGAGAUCUACUUUGGAUCAAUGUGGUGUUUUAUCCACAUCGAAAUUGGAAUUUACUCCAGCGUACAAGUCAAUCUACGUUCAAUUGCCAGAUUUGCAACAACGUGAACUGACCGUUGAUUUUAGUAUGGACGUUUUCGAAGUCAUAAUUGACUUGUGCAAGCGCUUCAAAAUUCGACACCCGGAAGAACUUUCGUUAUCAAGGAAAUUAGACAAAGAAGAGCUUCGCCGCAAUCAAGGUAUUUCAGCUACAAGAAGACAAGCACUUGGAAAUCAUUCCCUAAAUGGUCACUACAUGAGCCACUCUAGUUUGGAUAACUUAGCCAGCCCAAAAUUUAAUGGAGUAGGAUCACCUAAUACGCCACAAGGCACAUUACGACCGCCUCCUUCACCAUACCCAUUUUCUACAAUUGCUUCUCAUAACAAUUCUUCCCUACUUAACGGUUCUUUACACAGCUUGUCAUUCGAAUUGGACGAAAAAUCCUUCACGAAUAGUCCACAAGAAUUAGAUGUCCAAGCAACGCUGCGAGGCUUAAACAGGCCUAGAAACCUGUCUGAAAAGGCUCGAAUAAAUGCUGGUUGGUUGGAUUCUUGUCGAUCCUUAAUGGAACAGGAUAUCGACAGAGGUACUUUACUUCUGCUUCGAUUUAAAUAUGCUUCAUACUACGAUCUGAAUCCUAAGUAUGAUUCAGUACGAGUCAAUCAAUUAUUUGAACAAGCUAGAUGGUCACUUCUAACAGAAACAAUUGAUUGUACUGAAGAAGAUAUGGUAUUAUUUGCAGCUUUAAAUCAUCAUAUAUAUUCGAAAGCAAGGAGGGGAGAGACUGAUUUUGUUGACGGAGAAAACAAUGUUGAUAAUGUUGACUCGAUGUUGGACGAAUUAGAGAGUGCUCUUGCGGGAACACACGGACUCAAUACUUCGAUUGUUAUCGAACACGUUCCGGAAUUAUGCAGUCAACUGCAAUAUGUCACAAAUAAACCAAAAAAAUCCUUGUUACCGGACUUGUCAAAAAAGAGGAAACAAACUAGCUUUUUCCACUUGAAAGAAAAGACUUUAAGUGCAUACAAACGGCGAGAAGAUAAAGACGUCACAAAUCCGUCGUGGUCGGUUGAUUUGGACGAAUGUGAAGUUAGGGAAGAAGUGAAUCUCAGCACGAGACUCUUCGUUAUUCGGUUAUUCACUUCAUUAGGUUCUGAUGGAUUUUCUGAAUUAUGUCUACACUGCGAUAGCCAAGAACAAUUCAAAGAUUGGGUGACAGCCUGUAAAUUAGCCUCUCGAGGAAAAACGAUGGCUGAUUGUUCCUACCAGUUGGAAAAAGACGCUCUACAAAAAAAGCUCGACAUGCUAACUUUCGAAACGUCUUCUCCUACUGAGCGCCUGUCAAGCGCCGAAAUGUACGUCUCUCCAAAGUAUAUGAAGAAACACAAGUCGGGAAUUAUUUCGAAAAUAUCGGCUGUGUGUAGUAAUAGUAAAUUAAAUAAAAUGAGCAUAAAUGAAGCUAAGAUGCAAUAUCUAAAACUAUGGCAAGACCUACCUGAACAGCCUUUGACCUAUUUUAUAGUUCGUUUCGAUGGAUCGAAAAAGGAGGAGCUGUUAGCGAUCGCUGCCGAUAAAAUAGUGAGAAUGGAUCUAAUAAAUGGGUCUGUCAUUCAAAAAUGGCCUUUCAAAAAUAUGAAUCGUUGGCACGUAAAUUGGCAAACAAAACAAGUUUGUAUUGAAUUUAGAGAAAAAACGAGAGAAAAUACCGUCAAAUUUUACUGUUUAACUGCUGACUGUAAAACUGUUCAUGAAUUUAUCGGUGGAUAUAUUUUCGUGGGGAUGAGGUCGGCAGAUAAAAGCCAAACUCUGGAUAAAAGUAAAUUUUAUAAAUUAACUGCUGGAAGAGAGUGAAAACUGGUGUAGUGAAUAUUAUAGUGAAAGAUGCAAAAAAUGCUUUGGAAAUUGAUGAUGCGGUGCUGUUGCUUAAAAGAUUAUUUAAAUUUGUUAAAUUAAUUUUAUCUAUUAUGGUUUUAAAAAACUGCAGGUGUAUAUAUCAUAUGUAUACAGUAUACAUGGUAAAUUUAUACUUCCAAUUUGUGGAUAAUAAUAGUGAUAUUAUCAAUAUAAGUAGUUGCAAGCACUAGUUGAAAACGGAAUCAAGUCUGAUACGAUUUUAAUCAUUCAUUUCUUAUUACUGGAAUCAUGUUAAGAUUAAAUAAAAAAGAUUAGCACAAAGACAAAUUAACGCUAAAAUCAUAUACAAUUAAAUUGUGGAAGUGCUUAAAUUUUUCCUAUCAAUACUGAGUGCAACUCGUAUGAAAUAUAUACGAAAUGUUACAUAUUAAUGUCACAAAAUAUCUGUAUACAUGUAUGCUAAUAUACGAUUCAUAUGCUAUUUUCAUAAAAGUUAUUAACUCUUAUUAUUCUAACUUAAUAUUUCUCUCUAUUGCUGUGACACUUGUUGAUAUUAUUCAUGUUGUAACGUAAAAAAUGCUUGUUUGUGUAAUAGACUUUAUAAAAAGAAUAAAAAUCUAAGCAAGCCGAUAGAUGUCG